CACCUAACAUGUACUUUCCUAAUACAAUUAAUCUAUACAUGUUUAAUCGUUACGAUACCCUAUACAUUUCUUAUUCAUUCUUUAAUUUACUGAUUAGAAUAUUAGGAAGAUCAAACAAGUUAAAUAAAUAAAUGGAAUAUCUAGAGCAUUUUCCUAAAUUGUCCGUAAACAUGACAAUUUUGUGAAAGUAGGUGACAAAUAUGAAACUAGUUUGUUUUUGUUUUCAGAAAGGAUAUUUUGGUGUGUUAAAUAAAGCGAGAUAGAUAGUUUAUGUCCUCCAUGUAUGGAAACAUUCAGUUAUUGUGAAUAGAUUUAAUGAGAUGCAAUUAGUUGAACACCGAUACUUAUUGAUAGAUUAAUAGUAAAAAGAAAAACACAUUCAUUAACUUUUGUAUUCAUUUCUAUGUCAAAUGUAAAAUCUGACAAUAUCAAGAUGUAUUUGAUUGAUGAUAAAAUACGGUCCUGACUACUUUUGAUAUUUUUUAUUGGUUACUAUACUUUUCGGUUUAAAUCUAAUUAGUGGGUAACUUUAAUAAAUAAUAUAACUCCGACUGUAACCUCAAGCCUCAUCUGAUUACAGGGAUUUAAUAAGAAGAACAUAAACACACACAUACAUAACAUCAUACAUUUUACAGUAAAUGAUCUUCAUUAAUGCUUUAAACAGAAUCAGCAUUUGAAUGUUGUUGGAAAAUUGUCUGAUGUGAACUGUUCUCUUUUUCUAAAAUAAAAUUCAUCUGUCUUAAAUAAUUUUGUUUUUACUCAUUCCAAUAAAAAAGAACCUGGGGUCACCAGAGUACCAUCGAAUGAAAAAAUGUAUCAAGACUAUGGAAUUCUAGUGGCCAUGAUUGGUUGUUUUUUUUAUCUAAACAUAAAUAUACAAAUUUUAUUCCGAAUUUUAUUCUAUUCAGUUUUGGUUUUCAAUAAUACUUUCAAAUGAAUCAGAUGACCUAGCCCUCCAAUCGCAUACACACGAACAAAUGCAGAUAAAGACAGCCAGUGUAGCAGAAGUCUCUGUAUCAGUAGACCUCAACAUACACAAGAGGAAAAUCAAGGUCUUCAAAUACAACACGGAUAACAUCAAUCCAAUCGCACUUGAUGGCGAAACUCUGGAAGAUGUAGAAUCCUUCACGUACCUGAAAAGCAUCAUCGAUGAAAAAGGAGGGUCAAAUGCAGACGUAAAGGCAAGGAUUGGCAAAGCAAGGGUCUCAUUCCUACAAUUGAAGAACAUAUGGAACUCAAAACAACUUUCAAGCAAUAUGAAAGUCAGAAUCUUCAAUACAAACGUCAAGGCAGUUCUACUGUACGGAGCUGAAACUUGGAGAACUACAACAACCACCAUCAAGAAGGUACAAGUAUUUAUAAAUAGUUGUCUACGCAAGAUACUCAACGUCCAUUGGCCGGAUACCAUCAGCAACAGCCUUCUGUGGGAGAGAACAAACCAGCUGUAGAGGAAAUUAGGAAAAGACGAUACAAAUGGAUAGGACAUACAUUACGCAAAUCAUCAAACUGAAUCAAGAGGCAAGCCCUAACAUGGAGUCCUGAAGAGAAGCGGAAAAGAGGAAGGCCAGAGAACACAUUACGUCGGGAAAUAGAAUAAGAUAUUAAAAGGGUGAAUAACAACUGGAAAGAGCUGGACAGGGUUGGAUGGAGAAUGCUGGUGAGCGUCCUAUGCUCCUUCGCGAGGAGUAACAGGCGUGAGUCAUGUAAAUCAUCAAUAUUACGUCAUGGUGAUAUAAUACGAUUAGGUUCAACCCGUUUACUUGUACACAUACAUAAUGGUAAUGAAACAUGUGGACAAUGUGAUCCAGACGAGAUUAAGGCUGCUUUAACUUCAAUUAUAGAUGUCAAUGAAACAAUCAAUUCUACAAAUGAUGAUAUGAAUACAGAAAAUCUAACUGAAACUAUACCGACACAUUCAUCAAAAGAUGCUGAAAGACGUGCAAAAUUAGAUGAAAUAAAGAAAAAAUAUGGUUUAAAGUUUCCACGAAUAAGACCUCAGGCAAAGACAGACAGACAAUAUAUGGAUCGUGCUGCACAACGACGUGCAAUCGAAGCAAAUUUAAAAGCAGCAGGUUAUCCAUUACCUCCUGCACCAGGUGUAAUAAAACAGCAACUUAUUAAAACUCCACUAAUAACUCGAGCAACACCAGCCAGUGUAUAUAAACCUAUUGGAGAUGAAAAUAAAGGAGCUAAAUUAUUAGCUAAAAUGGGUUGGACACCUGGUCAAGGAUUGGGUAAAAGUAAAACUGGAAUUUCAGAACCGGUAAUUGAUUUUCACUAGUUUGAUUCUAUUUUUACUAUUUAAUUUUUCUUUAACCUAAAAAGUAAUGAUAACUGGUAAAUUUUUUGUAGACUGGUGAUUGAUGAGCAACUAUUUCCUACUUGUUCAAACUUCUUUAAGCGUGCACCAUCUCUUUUUUUUUAAUAUUAAGAUAUAUGAAAUAGUCAGGUUUGACUAGAAGAAAAAAUCCUAUUCAAAGCGUUGCAAUUAAGUGACAAGUAAUCAGUUACAAGCGAAAUAUGUUUAUGGAUAGUGAAAUUUAGCCUUAAGUACAAAUCCCUUGAACACUGUUUCCUGGCCUAGUUCAUUAAAUUCUACUCAUCAGGUCCAUUAGGUUGUCAGACGAAUAUUUCAGUACUGUAUUUUAUGAUAAGCCAUUUUGGAAGUUAAAGAUGAUAACGUUCGAUUUUUCUUUGUAUUCACUUUAUGUUAGUGAAAAACUUGUAUACACAAUGACUCAACUAUACUUCAGAAACGCUUUCCAUAGUAUCAAACAGAUUACAGUAUAUUUUGAAAAAAAUCAACGUUAUGGCAAAAUAAUUGACUGAUUACAUAUUGAGAUAGUGGACGUGGUUGAACUGAUAAUUUGAUAGUUACCGAUUCUGGACUUUCAGCCGAAGAGAUUUCAGACUGCACAACCAUUGGCUCAUUAUAUGAAUAUAUUGUUGAAAUGUAACCCAUAAAUUAGGAGUUUAUAUAUCAUUCAUCUUUGAGCCACUCGACUUGUCUGAGACUUAUUGGUUUUAUCUGGCUGCCCAAACCGAAAUAAGUAAAGUGAGAUUCGGACUUUCGACUUAUAAGGUAACAGCCUAGUACUUCAACCACUAGGCCAUUAUUUCAGUUUAUUGGUGAAUUAAAGGUAUCAUCGAUCGAUAAAAGAUUCAUGCAAAAUAAGAUGACUUUUCAUAUGACAUGACUAGUAUAUAGGGUUUACAUGAAAAUCACACAUCUACUCUAAAUAGACAUUUCAAUUAAACAAUCACCCAGCUCAAAUAACGUACUACCAGUAAAAGUUUCCCUAAACACGAUUGCUCUAAAGUUUGAAUUUUCCAAACAAGGUCGAUAUUAUCAUUGUAAAAUCUAAAUAUUCUCAAUUAUCCCUAAAUAGUUAUGACAAAUUGAAAAAUAGAAUAAAAUAUACAUAAACAAGAUAACCUAAUGGUUAAAGUGCUUGAUGUGUUUUACCACUAUGUUGUAAUAUCUAACCCACUCCCUAUCAAAGUGUAAUAUAGUCUAGACAAUUAAAUAGUGUCAAAUCAAUGUAUACACAAAUAAAGUGUGCAGUAAAGUCAGGUACAUUAACCUUUACCAAGUUAAAGUAUUACAUUAAAUAACUAUUCUCUGCUUGAUAACAUAUAUGUUUCUUAUUUAUCUGAAAGACUUGAAUAAUAAAGUGUUUUGUUUUCACCUUUUUUGGAUCUUUUCUUUAAUAACUUGUUGUACACUACCAAUGACGACGUUACUCAACUCUACUGUAUGUCACACUAUUCAAGAUAACUGUUAGUUUACGUGUCAAUCCACAAGCUGGUCUUGGUUCAAGCAGUUUAUCAAACAAUACAAUAUCGAUUGAUUCAACACCAAGAGAAUUAUCACAAGCAUAUAUUCGUGCAAAAACAAAAGAACGUUUUGAUAAAUUAUCAUAAUUAUCAUUAUUAUGAAAUGUAUUCAAUAGUUGGAAAGGUUAUGCGUUUAGUGAAUUUAAAGAAUUAAAUUAUAUAAGAAAAGAAAUGUAUAUUUUAUAAAUAGAAUUUUUAUUAUUG